AUGAGUAUUACCAGUGACGAAGUGAAUUUCUUGGUCUACAGAUACCUCCAAGAAUCAGGGUUCUCCCACUCAGCGUUCACUUUUGGCAUCGAGAGCCACAUCAGCCAGUCAAACAUCAAUGGAACACUAGUGCCCCCUGCAGCCCUCAUCUCCAUCCUGCAGAAAGGGCUCCAGUAUGUGGAGGCAGAAAUCAGCAUUAAUGAGGACGGCACGGUCUUUGAUGGCCGACCCAUCGAGUCGCUGUCGCUCAUCGACGCGGUGAUGCCAGAUGUGGUGCAGACCCGGCAGCAGGCCUUCCGCGACAAGCUAGCCCAGCAGCAGGCCGCCUGCUCCAUGUCGGCCUCGACCUCUGGGAACCAGUCAAACACACCAAAGAACGGAGAAGCGACUGUUAACGGGGAGGAGAAUGGUACCCACAACAUGAAUAACCACAGUGAGCCUAUGGAGAUGGACAUAGACGUGGAGAUACCAGCCAGUAAAGCCACGGUGCUGCGAGGCCACGAGUCUGAGGUGUUCAUCUGUGCCUGGAACCCCGUCAGCGACCUGCUAGCCUCCGGCUCUGGCGACUCCACCGCUCGGAUCUGGAACCUAAACGAGAACAACAACUCCAACUCCACCCAGCUGGUGCUGCGCCACUGCAUCCGAGAAGGAGGCCAGGAUGUCCCCAGCAACAAAGACGUCACCUCACUGGACUGGAAUAGCGACGGGACUCUGCUGGCUACGGGCUCCUAUGAUGGAUUUGCCAGGAUCUGGACAAAAGACGGAAAUCUGGCCAGCACUUUGGGGCAGCACAAAGGACCCAUAUUUGCACUCAAGUGGAACAAGAAGGGGAACAGCAUUCUUAGUGCUGGAGUAGAUAAGACGACAAUCAUUUGGGACGCACACACGGGGGAAGCCAAGCAGCAGUUCCCUUUUCACUCAGCCCCCGCGCUGGAUGUGGACUGGCAGAACAACACCACGUUUGCCUCCUGCAGCACCGACAUGUGCAUCCACGUCUGUCGACUCGGCAGCGACCGCCCCCUCAAGACCUUUCAGGGCCACACGAAUGAAGUUAAUGCCAUUAAGUGGGAUCCGUCGGGCAUGCUGCUUGCUUCCUGCUCGGACGACAUGACCUUAAAGAUCUGGAGUAUGAAGCAGGAGAUGUGUGUCCAUGACCUCCAGGCUCAUAGUAAAGAAAUCUACACCAUCAAGUGGAGCCCCACAGGCCCCAGCACGAACAACCCCAACUCCAACAUCAUGCUGGCCAGCGCAUCUUUCGACUCCACGGUGCGACUGUGGGACGUGGAACGGGGGGUUUGCAUUCAUACACUGACCAAGCACCAGGAGCCGGUCUACAGUGUGGCCUUCAGCCCUGACGGCAAACACCUGGCCAGCGGCUCCUUCGAUAAGUGCGUCCACAUCUGGAACACCACGACCGGGGCCUUGGUGCACAGCUACAGGGGCACCGGGGGCAUUUUCGAGGUGUGCUGGAACAGCACCGGAGACAAAGUCGGCGCCAGCGCGUCGGACGGCUCGGUUUGUGUUCUUGAUCUGCGAAAGUAG